UUAACUAUUCACAUGGUAUCAAUUAUUGUCAUGGCAACAAGGAUAGUAAAAGAAAUAUACGUAUAAUCCAUGCAACAACGACAACAACAAAAAUGUUCCAUAUUAUUUUAUUAUUAUAAUAAUAUCUGAUUGAUCUAUAGAAAACUUGCAUAGUAACACAAUACAUAAGCACCAUAACCUACUAAUUAAAGCAAUCCAUGUUAUGUGCAUGAAUUACCUUUCAAUAUGAUUAAAAACAAACCAAAAAAACCAGUAAACAAUAUAACUGGUUAAACCAUUUUAUCACCAUGUUGUAUAUUACCAGUUUCAAAUAGAAGUAGUUACUAAGGGAUUAGUUACCAAGUGAUUAAUAACUCAAUUACACAAUAUGUUUCUAUCACAAUUACAAAAGUAUUGGAAUAAUAUCUUUAUUAUAUCCAAUCUACUAUUCAUUGUAUUCGAUGUAGCUUUAUUGGCAUUACCUAUUAGAACAUUAGAUGUCUUAGCUAAUUACAAUAUAAUUUUAGAUUAUUUUAAACCAGUGAUCUUUCCAGUUGUCAUCUUUACAGCGAUUCUUGGACUAUUGAGUGUUUUUAUAGGUUUCAUUGGAUUAUGGAAAAAGAAGACUGUUUUUAUUUUGGUGCACAUUGUCGGUUUGACUAUUGCAACACUUAUUGAAAUCUCUAUAUCUAUAAGAUCAAAUUUACGGAAAAAUCAGUUCUUCAAAGUAGCUAAUCAAUCAUUAUGGAAUUCUAUUCAAUAUUAUGAAAAACAUCCAAAUUAUGAAAAUCAAAUGGAUAAUCUACAAAGAGAGUUUGAUUGUUGUGGUGUUAAAUCAUAUACAGAUUAUAAAAGAACGAUAAUUGCCCUACCAAUUUCUUGCAAAACAGGCAAUUCAAUUCAUUCAAAAGGUUGUGCUGAAGCCCUAUAUGAAUAUAUCCAACAUUGUAUCAUGAUAAUAAUAUAUAUAUGCAUUACAUUCGCUAUCGUUAAAGCUAUCUAUUUGGCCACUUCUAUUCUUCUAUAUCGUAAAUCUGAUAAGAAUAAUAUAUCUGCAUAAAUCUGUUUUUCGGGAGGGGGGCGCCGGACCCAAAUGAUGUAGAUGUUGGUUGAUGUAGCUAAAUCUGAACUACAUACUUCAUAUAUUGACUAAUUUGUGUAAUACAAAAAUUAAUUAAUUAUUGAACUAAUUAAUGAGGAUAUAAUAUAACCCAUCAAUAUGCUAUUUCAUUUCACUUUUUUUCCCCUAAUGUUAACUUACCCCCCCCCCUUCAUCUAUGUGUGUUAUUUGUAUUUUUGAUCAGAAGGGGUAAUUUUGUUGAAAAAUAAUUUAUACUACUAACAAAAUUAUUAAUUAGUAUGUCUCUUAUUGAUUUAUAUUUUUUGUUUUUCAAUCGAUUUCUAAACAAGAUUACAUACUCAAAUAUUAUUAUC